UCUAGAUGCUAUACUCCUAUUGAUGCAGCCCAGAAUUGCAUUGGCUUUUUUAGCUGCUGCAUCACACUGCUGACUCUUGCCAAGUUUGUGGUCUACCAAGACUCCUAGAUCCUUUUCACAUGUACUGCUCUCAAGCCAGGUGUCACCAAUCCUGUCACUCUUCACCUGCCCCUCUUCUUUCGUUGAUACUUCUUGUUACUAUUUUUGGGCUAAAAUCAUUCUUGCCGCAGUUGUUGCACACAUAAACAGUCUUCUAUCUUCCCUUGGUAUCUCUUCACCCACUAUCGCCAGUAAAAAGGCUUCUGGUUUUUUAACAAAAGUAUUUUUAAACAUUUUCUUUAACUCAUUAUAUACCGUUUCCCAGAAAGCCUUGAGGGGCGAGGGGCAUUUCAGUCUCCUCCCGUGCUCUCAGUGGGCAGCUUCCAGCCCCAUGCCCAGCUGGGCACCCUCAAAACCAAGCUCCGGCCAUCCUGAAUUUGGUCAAGCUCUCAGUAAGAGGUGACAUGUUAGAAGUCUCUAAAAUUGCACAAGGCGUGGACAGAGGACACCAAACUUACAGACAUCCAAUAAGCUGAAGAUGGAGGAAAGAUGAAAUAAAUGGCUUCUUUAAUACGAAUCUUGGUCAAAAUUGUGGAAUGAAACUUUAAAAUAUACCGGUAGCGCUUGUAUGGCCUUAAAAGAAUGUAAUAAAAAUGAUGUACAGUAUAGGUGGUACUUAACACCGGUGAGAUUGGCCAAAAUGUAUAGGAUGAGGAACAAACUAUGCUGGAAGUGUGGAGAGAAAGAUUGAGAUUUUUAUCAUAUGUGGUGGGAAUGUGAUAAAUAAAAGUAUUUCGGGAAUUGGUCUACAAUGAACUAAAAAAGAUGUUUAGAUAUACCUUCCCCAAAAAACCUGAGGAUCUUUUGCUGGGUUUGAUGGGAGAGGAAAUUGCAAAGAUGGACCAAUGACUAUUUAUGUACGCCACAACAGUGGCAAGAACUUUAUUAGCCCAAAGAUGGAAAUUGCAGGAAUUACCAACGAUUGAGGAGUGGCAGACAAAGAUGAUGUGGUCUAUACAGAAUUGGCCAAACUGACAGGCAGGAUCCGGAACCAAGAUGACCAAAAGUUUCAAAGAGAUUGGAGUAAAUUUAUUGGGUAUACGAAUAAUUAUUGUAAAAAUGUGAAGACACGAGCGGGAUUGAUGUAAAUUCUGCAACGAAAAGACUGUGAAUCUCAAAACUUUACAGACCAUUGAGACAGAUAAGGAUAUAAAGGUCUGAAGUAGAGGAUAUAAAGUGCGACGCAAAGAUUUGAAUAUUAAAAACCGGUUGAAGGGAUGGAGGGAAGUCACGAGUUCAGUAGAGCAAAGAAUUUAUUACCGCAAGAGAGGAGAGGGCUGCUCUCGCACUCAGGUCCUGCUCGUGGCUUUCCCAUAAUAGGCACCGUUGGUCCCUGUGAGAACAGGAUGCGGGACUAGAUGGGACAGUGGCCUGAUCCAGCAGGCUCUCCUCAUGUUCUUGUGGAGGAGGAGGUCCAGACCCUCCCAGUGUCCCAGUUUUCCAGGGACAGUUCCAGAAUGAGAGAAGCCGCCCCAGUUUCUGAUUUGAUCCCGGAAUGUCUUGGUUUUUUUUCCCUUUUUUCCUCCUCCCCCACAGAGAACAAUUAAAAGUGGUGGCUGGGUGUGUAGGUGGGUAAACGGAGUCCUGUUUCUCCCGAAAAUAGCAUCCCUGCACCAGAUGAAGGAAGCGCUCAGGCUCAUUCUCACAGUUUCCAGUCGUCUUAGUAUUAUUCGUUCACCCCACCUUUCCCCCUGGCAGCCUCAAGGCAGCUCACCACGACAUUUUUAUUUCAUUCCAUUUAUCUGUGGAAGGUGUUGUGCACAAUUACCCUUUACAACAAUCCUGCGAGGGAGGCAGAGAGGCAACAGGGGUCUGUGUGUAUAUGAUGUCCAUUUGUGCGGGAGAUUAAAAGGCAGAAGAUGCUUCUUGGGGUGGAAUGGAUGUCCCUGUUUUCACUGGAGAAAGGUUGGAGGGCAUGGAGAUGCCCCCCUCACCACGUGGCAGGUGCCCACUCCUGGCUUGGCCCUCUGGAAGGACCCCUUGCCCAGAGGCGGAGACCUGAGCAGAGCUUGGAGGGCUCCUUUGAGGGCAUCCAGUUGGCCCCAAGGGGCGUUUCAUCUGCCUGCCCAGCCAGGGCCAGAUCAGUUUCUGGCAGGAGGCGCUGGGACAUAGUCCCCCCCCCCCGUAAAGCCCCUUCCAGAUUCCUGGUUGUCCCACGGCUCUCGUGCUCCUGACAUGCUCAGAGGCACCCUCUUCUCAUUCACUACCUCGUAGGCAGCUGCCUUCAACCAAGUCAAGCCUAUUGGUCCACGUAGCUCAGUCUUGUCCACAUUGACCGGCAGCAGCAACAGCUCUCCGGGGUUCCAGCCUCGAAGAAAACUGAGUUGACGCCUCUUUAAAUCCGCCCCCCCCCCUCGAAAAAGGAGAUGGAUCUCCGCCUGAGGGAUCUACGCUUGCAAGAGGAGAAGGAAUUCCUGGAGAGCGUGGCACUGCCCCAGGCAGCUGAGGACUCCGAGGAGGCCAGGGACCCCACCACGGGCGAGAGCGCUCUGGACCACUCCCCGGUGGAAGACUCCCGGAGGGGCAGCCGAGGCCACGGAAUCGUCCCCGAGCCCCUGGACUCCGAUGGCGACUGGCAGCUGCCCUGCAUUCCCAAGUCCCUCCGGGACACUGGCCUGAUCCUGGACGCGGUCAAGCGCAGCGAAUUCCUCCGGUGCCUGGGGGACGGGAAGAGCCAACCGCUGGUGGAGAGCUUUAUCCCCGAGCAGCACCAGCCGGGGGGCACCGUGGUGGCCGAGGGAGAUGAUGGGCACACCAUGUACAUCGUGGCUGACGGGGAGCUGAGUGUGACGCAGAAAGGGCGCCAACUCCGCCGCCUGCUCCCGGGGGACGUCUUCGGGGAGCUGGCUGUGCUGUACAACUGCCGCCGCACAGCCACCGUCACGGCACUCACCCUGGUGGAGCUAUGGGCCAUCGACCGGCAGACGUACCGCACUAUCAUCACCGAGAAUGCCAAGCGGCAGAGGGCAGAGGUGCUGGCCGGCCUGCGGAGGGUGAAGCCUCUCCAAGGCCUGUCAGAUGCUGCCCUGUCCCAGCUGCUGGACUCUGCUGAGGAGCGCACCUUCGCCCAGGAUGAAAGGAUCAUCCAGGAAGGAGAUGAGGGACGGACCUUUUUCUUCAUUCUCAGUGGACAGGUGGAGGUGACAAGGAGCGUGGAGGGGAAAGAGGAGCACAUCCGAGUCCUGAAGGCCGGGGACCAUUUUGGGGAGCUGUCCCUCAUCCGCAACAUCCGCCGGACAGCCAGCUGCCGGGCCCAGGAGGAGGUCACCUGCAUUGCCAUUGCCAAGGAGGACUUUCAGGAACUGAGCCCAAUGUGCAGCCAAGAGACGGAAAUGGCAGCGCAGGAGGCUCCCCCCUUCUCUGAGCCCAGACGGGGGUCCUUCCUGGAGGGUGCUCAGAACCCCCUGCAACUCCAGGACCUGCUACCUGUUUUCUACGAAGACGGGGAUCAGCGAGGGAAGCCAGUCGUCUUGGGAACUGGGGGCUUUGGCACCGUGGAGCUGGUCCGUUGUGUGGAGGAGGGCCAGGAGCGCUUCUUUGCCCUCAAGCGCCUGCGGAAGGACCACGUGGUGCAGAAGCGGCAGCAGGAGCACGUCCUGAUGGAGAAGAAGGUCCUCCGGCAGAGCCACUGCCCCUUCAUCGUCAGGCUCUUUGCCACCUUCCGGGACAGCCGCCACGUCUAUCUGCUGCUGGAGUUCUGCCAGGGGGGCGAGUUGUGGGCCAAGCUGCGCGAGGCCCGCUGCUUCUCGGAGCCGGUGGCCGUCUUCUGCUCUGCCUGCGUGGUCGAGGCCCUGGACUACCUGCAUGCCCAGGGGGUCGUGUAUCGUGACCUGAAGCCAGAGAAUUUGAUGCUGGACGCCAAGGGCUACGUCAAGCUGGUAGACUUUGGCUUUGCCAAGGCGCUGAGGCGGGGGGAGAAGACCUACUCCUUCUGUGGGACCCCCGAGUACCUGGCUCCCGAGAUCCUCCGCCACGAAGGGCACGACUUUGCCGUGGACUUUUGGACCCUGGGGGUGCUCAUCUUUGAGAUGCUUGUCGGACGGCCCCCCUUCCACAGCGCUGAGCCUCAGAAGAUCUACAGCAAGAUCAUGGACGGCGUCUUCUCCUUCCCGGUGUUUGUGAGCGAGUCGGCCUGCUCCCUCGUGGCCAAGCUGUGCAGGCGCCGGCCAGGGCAGCGCCUGGGCAACACCAGCAGCGGCAUCCGUGGCAUCCGGAAGCACAGGUGGUUCAGCUCCCUCUCCUGGAAAAAGCUGGCGCUGCGUCAGAUCGAGGCCCCCACCACCGUUCUGCUCAAGCAGGGCUCCCCCUACAUCAACUUCAAGCGCUUCUCUGUCUCCCGGCAGCAGCCCGAAGAGGAGUUCUCUGGCUGGGAUGAAGACUUCUAAGCUCCUGGAACCACAGAGGGAGGGGGGGAGGGCAGGAAGACCCUUCCUUUGACCCCACAGACUGGAAGUGCAGCUGAGAGGGAGUCCCAGGAGCCUCUCUCUCCCCUCGAAAUGCUUUUCAGCAGGGGCCCCCCAGCCUGGAUGUCCUCAGCCCCCUGCCCCCCAGUGCUUGGCAAAGGCUCUCGUGUGCCCCUUCCUCUCCCCCCACAACUGCCUUCUCUGGGAGCUGAUGGCUGCAGUGGGCUGAGUCACUGUGAAAGGGGGAGACCCUCCGAUCUGCCUUGUCUCGUCCUGCUCAAUGUGGAAAAUAAAAUUAGU